AUGGGCUUUCAAAGCAAUGCUGCGAAGAAAAUGCCAAAAAAGAAAUACAGCGAAAACUGGAAUCAUCUGAACCAAGAAGUUGCAGAAUCAAUAUUAAGAAGAUUGAGCUUCAAGGACUUCUAUAAUUUUGGUUUUGUUUGUUCAUCUUGGCAAGCACUGCUCGUUAAAGCCGUCACAAACAGGCACUGUUAUCCUCUUCCUCAGCUUCCAUUACUUCUGCUAUGCCCUACCACUGGCAAAAAUGACAAGGUUCCUUGCUUCUUUGAGGUAGACAAGAAAAUUGGAAUUUUGCGCUUUGAGAAUAAAAUAUACCCAAGAAAUCAACUCAUUCUUGGCACAGUUAACUGUUGGUUAAUAAUGGCGGAACCCACAAAAGCUAAGGGUUUUCUUUGGACCAGCUCAAAUAAAACUAAGUAUUCACUCAUCAACCUCUUCUUCUUCCACCCUAUGUCUUGGGCUAAGGUUAUGUUACCAUCAGAAAUAAUGAAGGAUAAGGAUGAUGACCAGAUUCCCAAUAUCACAAAAAUGGUGGCAUCCUCAGCUCCAUAUGAUAAUUGCCCUAAAGAUGAGCCAGUUUUUGUGGCGGGUCUUACUUCUUGUGGGAUUAUUUUCUGCAAAAUAACAGAUAAGUCAUGGAAAUCAAUUGGGAGAGGUACAACAUUUAUAGACAUAGUCAUCACUGGAAAUUUAUUAUACGGUCUUUGUGAUGAAGACAUAGAAAUUUAUAAUCUCAUUGACUUGGAUAAGUCUAAUGACAACAACAAUCAUAAUGCUCCCAAGUCUGAAAAACUUAUCGUCGUUAACCCUAAGCGAGCUGAUAUCAGCAAAGGUAUAGCUGUUUACUUGGCAUAUGAUGUAUUUUUUGGAGAUCUGAUACUAGUUAGAGGUAACACAAGUAGAUUUAAGGUUUACGAGUUGGAAAGAACCAGAAAUUGUGAAGGGGUUUGUGAAUGGAUGGAGAUUAAAGACUUGGGUGGUCGUUUGAUUUUUGUGGACGAAAAAAGCUGCAGGUUGAUCUCAACGCUUGGUUUGGAAGAGAAAAACGGGAGAAGAAACUGCAUUUAUUUUGCUUUGAACAAGUACCACGGAACUCGUCGGCUUUGGAAUAUUGACUUUGGAAUGUUUUGCUUAUCAGAUUCAAGUUUUCAUUAUAUUGGUGGAGCUGAGUCGCAUAUACAAAAUUGGGCCAAUUGUUUCUGGCUCAAGCCAUAG